UGUCAGUGCACCAACGGAGCUGUCCCUGAAAGCAACACUUUGGAUCUCUGUCUACUUGGAAGCAAAAUGAAGCGAAGCCACAAUUACAGCUCUUCGGAGAGCGACCUGGACGACAAUAUUGAGGUGGAGAAGGAUAGUGGUGACGAAAAUGGUCAACUUGAUUCUCACGGCUCGAUGUCACCCUCCACAACCACCCAAGUUCAAGCUAGAAAAAGGCGCAGAGGGAUUAUUGAGAAACGAAGACGUGACAGAAUCAAUAGCAGUCUGUCAGAGUUGAGAAGAUUGGUGCCAAGUGCUUUUGAGAAACAGGGAUCAGCUAAAUUGGAAAAAGCUGAAAUUUUACAAAUGACUGUGGACCAUUUAAAGAUGCUUCAUGCAUCUGGUGGCAAAGGUUUCUUUGAGGCUCAUGCACUCGCUAAGGAUUACCGCUCUCUUGGCUUCAGGGAGUGCCUGGCAGAGACAGCUCGCUACCUGAGCAUUAUCGAAGGCCGGGACGGGACAGACCCCCUGCGUGUACGUUUGGUGUCCCACCUCAGCAACUACGCCUCUCAGAGGGAGGUGCACACUGGACUGGAACACUUAGCCUGGGGCUCAGCUUACGGGACUGCCCAUGCCCAUCUCCACCACCCACUACUCCUACAACACCCUCUGGGCAGGACACCUGCAUCCAGAAGCAAAAGUAGCCCACCCUCCUCCUCUUCUUCUUCCACAUCUUCCUCCCCCUCCAGCGAGGCAUCUAGGACUUCCAGACUGGGUGUCAUGCCCCACACAGAGAACCUCAGGGUGCCCCCGAACGGGUCGCUGCCCCUCAGUCUGUCUGUGCCAACAUCCAAGCUUUCGCCCCCACUCCUUUCAUCCCUCUCCUCGCUGUCAGCCUUCCCCCUCUCCUUCGGUGCUUUCCCCCUGGUGUCCCCGACAGCCCUCGGCACAGUGAGCCCCUCCUCCACCCUCUCAAAGCCCUACAGGCCGUGGGGUACGGAAAUUGGGGCCUUCUGAACAACUGGACUGAAGGCAACAGCUGAGCUGUGCCCACCACCAUAGACUAGGCGGACAACCUGCCUCAUAGCAAUAAAACACAGGGGAACAAAGCAAGCUGAAUUAAUUUUAUUAAAUAUACAGAAUAAGUUGGAGAGAUCGUCCUCAGUAUGUCAUUACUCUAAAGAAAGGAAUUAUAAAUGAUUUUAUGUUAGUCUAUGUUUCACUAAAUUUGUUAACAUGCACUGUCCACGGGCUGAGAACUGAAAUCAUGACGUGACAUAUGGGCCAUGAAUAGAUUUACUGUAAGCACAGAUGUAGAGUGUUUUGUAGACCACACACUGAACCUUCUACAUUUGUCAAGGCGGAUGUCUGUUUGUAACAUAAUGUCACUUAAUUUGGUCUUCAUCUUUAGUGGUAUGAGAACUCGUGGCGUUAAACAAACAUUUAAUAUGUGCCAUUAUUGGAAAACUAACCACUUGAACAUUUGAAACUUGCCUUCUUGUAUCUAUUUGUAAUAUUU